AUGUCCUCCCUAAUCAUGGCUUUGGACAAUCAGGAUCGACAAGCGACCGCGAGGAUAUUAUCGACAAUGCCUAGUGAGGUAUCAAUUCGAGACAACGAGGAGAGAGUGGCCCUUCACUAUGCAGCCGAAACAAUGGACAUCGAGACGUUCACCUCAAUUUAUGAGCAAGAUCCCGCACUUAUUGACUCACAAGAUGCAUAUGGUUACACUCCUCUAAUGAUAGCGGUGAUGUCGGGGAGAACAGAGGUUGUCGAGUAUUUGGUCACAAAAGGAGCCAAUCUGCGUCAUGUUGACAAAGAAGGACAUUCAGCCGUUCAUUGGGCAGUGGUUUGUGGACAGCUUGAAACGCUCACGUUAAUAUUGGAGAAAGGCGCCGAUCCGGCAGUACCCGAUUUGAUGAAAGCUCAUCCACUGCACUACGCAACCGCAGCCGAGGAAAUCUCUCAUGAUACCGCCAUCUCAAUCUUGCACACUUUAUUGAGGAAAGGAGCUCAUGUGAAUUGUGUGGACAUCGAUGAGAGAACGCCGAUCCUCUGGGCGGCUAGUAAUGGCAACUCGGAGGUGAUGAUGUCGUUAAAGCAAGCCGGGGGAGAUAUGCAAGCGGUGGACAGGGAUCGGCUAGGAGUGCUGCAUUGUGCGGCAAGUCAUGGCUAUCAUGAGAUAAUCGAGAUCGCCCUGCAAUGCAUUCCAAGGAAAUUGGUUGAUGCGCGAGAUCGAUCAGGUCACACCCCACUCUUCUAUGCAGUCACCCACGGGCAUUUUGAGGCGGCGAGGAUUCUUUUGACCGCUGGAAGCAAUCCGAAUCAUCAGGACUCUCGAUUGCGCACGGCUUCCCAUUGUGCGGCGGCGAAAGGACAGCUGAGAAUGUUAAAAUUGUUGAAACAAUUCGGUGCCUCGUUUGAGAUUCAAAAUUAUCGCGGAGAUCUACCUGUACAUGAGGCCAUUCAAACGGGGAGUAAAGAUGUAACCGAAUGGUUGAUUCAACUCCACCCAAGCUCCCUAGAUGCCACUUCGCACGAGGGACGCACCGGGUUGCAUUUGGCGGCUGCCACCGGAAACAUCGAAAUGGUCGUUUAUUUGUGUGGACAACGAUGUCAGAUCAAUCCGUUGAUGUUGUAUCGGAAUAAUUUGUACACACCACUCGACUUGGCGAAACGAAAAGAUCAUCAGGUGGUCGUCGAUUACUUGAAGAUGAGACAUGAGGCAAAGGAAGCAUCAGAGAUUCCUGAAGAAGAACGAUUGAGCAACAAAAUUCACUUUGAAGAGCAAAUUGUUAAUGCUAAACUGAAUCGAGGGAAGGUUUUGCGUCAAGAGAACUCGGGAGAGCUAUCGACAAGGAGGAUCAGACGGCGUCGAACUUCGUCGGAAAUGUUGAUCAAAGCCACCCAAACGAUCACUCCCGAAGAAGACAGCGAAGAGAGAUUACAGACGAAAAAUCGCCGUCCAUUGACAACCGGGCAAAUCCGAGUCCCUCGAUCGACGAGCACUACCGAUUUGACGACAAACACGACAAAAGACAAGUAUGAGGAUCGGAUCGAACGAAUUUUGCAAGAAGAGAUCAUGAAAGCGAUAGAAGAAAGAAGAGGGGAAAAGAACGUUUUGGAUUCACCCCGAGCGAUCACGAAGAAGAGUCCGAGAAAAGCUUCAAGCGGUGAUUCCUCCGACGACGAGGACAUCAUUAUGAAAAGACGAGUGAAAGCACAAAAGUCUUCAAAUGACACGAAAAAUAUCGAAGGAGAUGUGUCAAGUGUUCCCGAACAUGAUAUCGAUCAUUCAUUGCUGGGAAAAUCGAUUUCCGACUCAUCGGAUGAUGAAGAAAAUGAUGAGAAUGACAAAAAAACAUCGAAUCGUCCCAAAUCAGCGAAACUCCGCGGUACCGGAAUGGGCGUGAAACAGCCGAGUCAGAGCUCGCUGAAAAAGGCCGGCUCAGUCUCCUCAAAAUCGAAAGUCGUCCGGCUAAACACCGAGGAAAAAGACGAAAUAUCGGAAAGCUCAACUGGGUCCCCGUCAGCCGACAAGAAAAUGAUCAUGAGUAAAAGAAAGAAAACCUCGAAAAUCACAAGUAAAAAGUGCACCACGAAAAUCACAAAAAAUAGCGGCGAAAAGAAAUCACGAAAAAGUUUGCAAAAACGCAAAAAUCUGGGCGAAUACGAGACGCUUUUCCGGCACUUUUUGGCGCUGAGUCCCGAAUGGAGAAUGCCAGGUGUUAGAGUUCGACGAGAACCCGAAUUCGGUGAUGCUGGUGAUUAUGGAAUUUUCGAGGAUGAUUGGGAAGAGAUUGAGGCACAACCUGUUGGCAAAGACGCUCGCCGGCGGUAUAUCCACGAAAAGGCCAUCUUCCAGGAGUUAACCCAUUUGAAACGGAUGCAAAUUCAAUAUGGAAAGGUACAAGAAAAAGUGCUCGUCCGUUCUCUUGUCGGGAAUUUUUGUAAAAUGCACGGACUGAACCCGGCCGAUUUCAAGUUUUACACUUUCUACGCCUGGGAGAAAUUCUUAUAUGACCAACUGAAGAUGAUCUAUUUGGAGGAAAGGGAAAGAUUGUCGAGUCAAGCAGGAUUUCGACCAAAAGAUUCGACAAUGAUGAACCCACAAUCAAGGAUGACACGCUUUGAGACAAGACUCAAACAGGCACGAGCCGUUCCAUUGAAUGACAAAGUGAGGGAACUGACACGAAUUUACGGUAACAGCAGCAUGAUCACCGGUGCGAGGUCGCCGAAUAGAAAACACAGGGAAUCAGCGGAUGGGAGGCAUUCGAAGGAGUGCAAGGCUGGCAAUGGAAAACGCUGUGAAUGCAUUGGAAAGCAUCUUCUCAUCAAGCAAGAAAAU